AAACAGCAUAAAUACCCCUCUUCUUUCCCACAUCCAGAAUCCAUUAUUCCAUAACAUAACAUAACCGCUCUAUCUCUCUCGCUAUUUCUUCUUCUUUUUGUUAGCAAAGCCAUAAUUAAAUUAAGCAGAAGGGGGGGAUCCGAAUGGGGAUGAGAAAGUCGACGAAAGCGCCACAGACGGCGCCGGCGGUGCUGAAGCAGAUCCUGAAGCGGUGCUCCAGCCUGGGGAGGAAGCAGCAGCACUACGACGACGUCCCCAAAGGCCAUUUCGUGGUGUACGUUGGCCAAAACCGAACCAGAUACGUUGUCCCCAUCACAUUCCUAAACUACCCUCAGUUCCAAAUCUUACUCCAGCAGGCCGCUGACGAGUUCGGCUUCGACCACGACAUGGGCCUCACCAUUCCCUGCGACGACCACUUCUUUCAGUCCCUCACCUCAUCCCUCACGUAGAUCACAAUCUCAAUCUCAAUCCAUCAUCAUCCUCUUCUUCUUUUGAGUUAAUUAUGUAAUUAAUUAGUUUGGGGAAAUGGAAAUUUGACUACUCAGAGUCAGAGUGGAGAACAGAACAGAGCAUGCUUUUGCUUCUCCCCUGUCUCUGCUUUUUAAGCACUAAUUUAGUCGCUGAUUUU